CAGCGCGCAGCUCAGACGUUUGAAGCGCCAGCCAGCAUUAGUUUGCACUAAAGACGCCAGGUGGAGCCACCAGCUGCACUUUUUUUGUUUUUGGUUUUUUUCGCUGACCGUGGCAAGAACACAACAAAAAAAAAAGAAACAGUAAAGUUAGAUUACAAAAAAACACAUAAAUAAUAAUAGCAAAGUUAAAUUAUUAAACAAGUAACAGUAAAUGUAACACAAAAAAAAAACAAAUGUAAAGCAAUAACUACAAAUUGCUAAACGCGUAUUUUUUGCGUGUGUGUGUGUUUGUGUGUGUGUGACGCGUGCUUUAAACAUUUUUUUUUGCGGCAAUGCAGCGCAACAAUUGUAAAUCGAAAAUGUUGACGCAUUGAGCCAACAACAACAACUUAAUAGUCGAAAGCAAUAGAAGAAGAAGCUACAGCGACACAACUACAACUCAAAGCGACAAUCUAAGGCUCAAAGAUCAGGAUCAUGUCGGACCAGCAGCGUGCCUCGCUCUGUCCUCGCCUCGUCGACUACAUGGCCAUUGUGGGCGCCCACACAACGCCGCCAAUGCCCAAGGGCAAUCAGGGCAGCAAAGCGCCGCCGGUGCAGGUUCCCGAUCUGUUGCGUCGCUAUCCGCCGUCGGAUCAUGCCGACUUUCCGCUGCCCCUCGAUAUGGUAUACUUUUGCCAACCAGAGGGAUGCACCAGCGUUGGACCACGACGCACUGGCUCCGCCAUACGGGACAUGACCUCGUUUGUGUUCGCGCUGACGGACAAGGAUUCGGGGAAGACACGCUACGGCAUCUGUGUGAAUUUCUAUCGACCCAUCGAACGUCCCAGUUCGGUGUCCGGUUGCGGUGCCGCAUCUGGUGCCGAACGUGCCGGAAACGGACAUGGCGGCCACGGUGGUCAUGGCGGGGGAGGCAGCGGUGCCAGGGGACGACGCUCGUCUGCCUUCAGACGCGAAUCGUGGCGCAAGAGCAUGGAACGCAGCUCGGACUCAGCAUUCAGCAGUUACGGCCUCUUAACUACUUCUAGCGACUACAGAAGUAACGUCGCGCCCAGCGAUUCGGAUCGUGAACUGACCUCGCGUCGCGACUCCGAUCAGCAGCGUCUCCACUCGCAUCAUCAUCAGCAGCAACAGCAGCAACAACAACAGCAGCAGCAGCAUCCACAAUCGGUGCCCCGAUUGGGUUUAAUGGCGCCAUCAGCCGAUUCAGAAUCGGGUGGCAGCCAUUCGCCAUCGCCGCGAGCAUCGAGGAAACGCACCAAGCUGCGCAAUCAAUCGUUGACCUCGCUGUGCAUCAUCUCGCAUCAUCCGUUCUUUACCACGUUCCGCGAGUGCCUCUUCAUACUGAAGAAACUGAUCGAUGCCUGCAACGAAUCGUCGUCACCGAAGCGAGUCGGUGCAUCGCAGAAAAUCAAUCGGGAUAACGUUUGGACGGUGCUGGCGGGUCAUGCCAGCGAGGCGACGCCCUCCAUCGUCCUCCACGAUGUGCGCGAGAUCGAGACCUGGAUCCUCCGUCUGCUCUCCACGCCGGUGCCGGUGCCGGGCUCCACGCGUGUCGAGGUGGAGGUGCUGUCGCCCACUGUGCAUGAACCUUUGCUCUUUGCAUUGCCGGAUCAUACGCGAUUCUCGCUGGUUGAUUUCCCGUUGCAUUUGCCGCUCGAGCUGCUGGGCGUGGAGACCUGCCUGAAGGUCUGGACAUUGAUAAUACUGGAGAACAAGGUGUUGUUUCAAUCACGCGACUACAAUGCGCUCUCCAUGUCCGUGAUGGCAUUCGUGACGAUGCUGUAUCCCUUGGAGUACAUGUUCCCGGUGAUACCGUUGCUCCCCACAUGUCUCAGUUGUGCCGAGCAGCUGCUGUUGGCGCCCACGCCCUUUGUCAUCGGUGUGCCCGCCUCCUUUCUCAUCUACAAAAAGAACUUUAGGUUGCCCGAUGACAUUUGGGUCGUGGACUUGGAUUCGACAAAGCUAACACCUCCAACGGGGGGCUACGAUGAGAUUCCGCCGCUGCCCGAACCCGAGGGCACCAUACUAAAGAAUCACUUGAAACAGGCUAUGCUACUUAUGGAUGAAGCUGGACUUGGUGCAUUAACAUCGAUGACGGCCACUAAUCAGGCUGUGUCCUCGCAACAACUGCUGCCCUCGGUGCGCGACAGUCUCCAGGAGCCGCCGCUAUUGGGGGUAUCCCAAGUGCGUUUGCCUUUGCAAACGCCGCCGCAUUCGGCGCAGGCGAGUCAAAGGAAUUCGGUGUCCGCACAGGGCGCUCUGAUGUCCCGCCAGCCAAGUCCGAUGAAUUCACCGGCCCUCAAUCCCUUUGUGUAUGGCACCGAUGUCGAUUCCGUGGAUGUGGCCACACGGGUGGCCAUGGUGCGUUUCUUCAACGCACAGAAUACGUUGGCCAAUUUCGCCGAACAUACGCGCACUUUGCGUUUGUAUCCGCGUCCCGUGGUCGCCUUUCAGAUCAACAGUUUUCUGCGCUCGCGUCCGCGUGCCUCGAUGUUCCUCAAUCAGUUUGCGCGCACCCAAGCGGUGGAGUUCCUUGCGGAGUGGUCGCUGACACCGACAAAUGUGGCGUUCUUGCGCGUCCAGACGGGCGUCAUGGAUCCCAUGCAGGUGGGCGAUAAGCCCAAAUGGUUUGCUCACAGCCUGACGCCCAUCCGGUUUUCGGUGUGGGACGAUGGCAGCUCGUUGAAUGGCGCCUUGCGUUCCCUCAAGCAGCUCGAGUGCCAGCCCACCGAUGAGAGCGGCUCCGAUUCGGAGGGCGCCGACAGCAGCAGCUCCUCGUACAGUUCGCUAAGUGAUUUUGUCUCCGAGAUGGCAUCGUCGGAUCUGUCGCCCAGUUUGCAUGAUGUUUUCGGCUCGUACAAUCGACCACAUGUGGUGCCACAAACGUUAUCCUCGAAUCUGGAUCCCGCCCUGGUCUAUCAUCCGCCCAGUAAAUUGCAAUAUCCCGAGGGUUUGGCCGGAGCGGCGAGUCAAAAAGAAGACGAGGAACGUGCCGAUUCGCCGGUGUCAUCGUCGUCGAGUCGCUCGGACUUGAGUUCGCCCAGCUUCAAUCGGGAUUCGGAAUUUGAUUUUCAGCCCAAGGGCGGACAACAAGCGACACCGGCGCCAUUUGAGCUGGCAACGCCGUUGGCCAUGCGACUGGAGGCGACCAUCAAGAUGGCCAGCAUCGAGGCGGAAUCGGACACCACAUCGACGGUCACCGGGAAAAGCAUUGCGAGCAACAAACUGCAGCGCAACACCAGCGAUUUGGAGCGCACCGAGAAGAAGAUACCACCGCCUUUAACGCCGCCCGUCAAGCAGCCGGGUGUGAGCAACAUUUUGGCACGCACCGGAAGCUCAGGCUCAAGUUCCAGCAGUCCGGGACGCCAGAGUUCCCAGAGCUCGCUCUUUGAGAACUUUGCCUCGCAUGCCAAGGAGCUGGUGCGCGAAACAACACGCCAGAGCAGUCAGGAGGGUUUACUUGCCCACGUGGACAAGCAUGCACUGGACGAAGAUCUCGACGACAAAAUGCGUCACACCUUUGAAAAGUUCACGCUGCAUGCCAAGAAGGCGGCUGGGGAGGCGUCCAAGCAGGCGCUGGAGGUGUCCAAACAGGCGGCGGGUGUUAGCAAGAACACUCUGGAGGAUCUCACGUAUGUGGGCAAAUCAACGUUGGGUGAUCUCACCAAGACCGCCAAGGAGGCGGCCACCAAAAAGGGCAUCAUCAAGAUCGAGGAGCAUGGCGGAGUAGCGCCAGGCGUUGGCGUCGGUGUCAGCAACAAUCCUGUGAACCCGGCUGCCAAUUCCCAGUUGGCCACACAGAAGCAGGUGCAACAGAGUGGCGGCAGCGGCGGUGGUGGCAAUAAUUUCUUUAGCUCCAUUGGCAGCGAUUUCAAUGGUUUGGCCUCCUCGACCACCACCAUGUUCUCGGGCAUGUUUGGCAAAAAGAACCAACAAAAGCAGGCAGCGGUGCAGCACAAACCGACGAAUGUGACACCGGCCAAGAACAAAACGGGGAUCAAUUUUGAUCCGUUCCCGGGUCGCAAGGGACUCGUGGAACGCACACCGUUGAUCAAGCAUGCGGGACCCCGACAAACGCAGGAAGAGUUGACGCGCCAACAGAAUCAGGAGCGUUCGCACAGCAAUGCCGAGAAUCAGGCGUUCCUCAAGGAUGUGACCAAUCAGGUGCUCGCAGGCGAAGGUGUCGGCUGGUUGAAGCUCAAUCGGUUCAAGAAACUCAUGGAGGAUGAAUCGUAUCGCACGUUGGUGUUGAGCAAGCUCAACAAGACGCUCGACAAGAAGAUUGCACCCGACGAUCACAUUGACGAUGUGUGCGUCACGAAACCAGUGUGGAAGGGCAUGCUCAAGUGUGUGCAAGCAAUUGCCGCUGGCUUGGAUGUGACGUUCAGCAACUUUGGUCUCGGCGGCAUGGCUUCGGUGUUCCAGCUAAUGGAGGUGGCGCAUACGCAUUACUGGAGCAAGGAGAUCACCGAUGGCAGCGACAUGUCCUCCAGUCUGCUGUCGAGUCAUGCGGCCAGUCCGAUGGGCAGUCGGGAGAAUCUGCGUUCCCCGAGCAGUCCGAACGGUUCGCAUUCGGGUCUGGGCAGCGAAUGGGCAUCGCCGCAAGAGUCCCGAAAGAGUUCCACGCACACAGCGUUGCCCGCUUCGACGGCGGCGUCGCGUCGCUUGUCAUCGACGGACAGUCAGGAUGGUCAGUCGACGACGGAGAUGUUCAAGGAUAUGUUGUCGCAGAAGAGAAGUGCCUUGAAGAACAUGCUCACCUCGUUCGAUUCGGAUGCUGUUGGCUCUACGGGCGCGCUCUCCGUGGUCAGCGAUCUGCUUCCCGCUGGCAGUCUAAGCGUUCGCAUGCCCUCCAGCUGCCGUUCCACAGUCUCAGACACCGAAUACGAAAAUACAACCACAUCGAAAGAUUCGAAACGGAGCAGCGGUAACCUUUGGUCCGGCAAAUCAACGCUUAGCGCCGGCUUUCGUUAUACGGGCGGACAUUUGAUCAACACUUCGUCUUCCCCAUCGCCAGAUAGUCCGCGGGUUUAUCUAUUCGAGGGACUGCUGGGCAAGGAUCGCUUGAAUCUCUGGAAUCAAAUGCAGUUCUGGGAGGAUGCCUUCUUGGAUGCGGUCAGCCAGGAGCGUGAUAUGAUCGGAAUGGAUCAGGGUCCCAUUGAGAUGAUGGAACGUUACAAAUCGCUGAGCGAAUCGGAGCGUAAGCGACUGGAGCAUGACGAGGAUCGACUGUUGAGCACUAUGCUCUACAAUCUGACUGCGAUUUUAGUAAUGCUGAAUGUGACCAAGGAUGAGAUACGUCGCAAGAUCCGACGUUUGCUGGGCAAAAGUCACAUUGGACUUGUCUACUCGCAGGAAGUGCACAAUGUGGUCGAUCAGAUCAACAAUCUGAAUGGCAAUGACAUCGACCUGAAGCCGCUGGGAUCACGACUGUUGCAUCGCCAGAGUUUCACUGUUCAUCAGGGCACCGAUGUGAAUGGACCGCUGCGUUUCAUGGAAGUGCGCGACGAUGGUCUCGUCUUGCGUUCCGUCGAUGGUACAAUUGUGGAACGUUGGUGGUAUGAGCGACUGGUGAACAUGACUUACUCGCCAAAGACCAAGCUGCUUUGCCUUUGGCGUCGCAAUGGCGGACAGACUCAGCUGCACAAAUAUUACACACGAAAGUGCAAGGAGCUGUACAAUUGCAUUAAGGAGGCCAUGGAGCGUGGUGGCACGCCCACAAAUGUACCCGAAUUGGGCGGUGAGUUUCCCGUGCAGGAUAUGAAUACGGGCGAGGGAGGUUUACUGCAGGUCUGUCUUGAGGGUGUCGGUUUGUUGUUCUCCAACAGCAAGUUCUUUGUGCGUUUGGAUCACAUACGCAAAUGUUUUACACAAAAAGGUGGAAUUUUCGUCCUGGAGGAAUACAAUCCCAAGACACGCAAUCUCAUACAGCGCAAAUAUCAAUCGAGCAUGGCAGCGGAAAUUGUGCUGAGCUUUCAUCGGGUGACGUCCGUGCAAUUUGCGUACAUUUGUCACCUCAACAAGGAGAAGAUGCGGCGGAACACUGGCAUUGAAACAGAGAACGAAACACAAAUGGAAAUGGCCGCGAUGACAGAGCCGCCAACUAUCGAUACAAGUCUUUCCACGCUGCCAAUCGAGAAUGUGCAUUAGAUAACUUUUCUGUAAAUAAAAUCAAUAACAAAAUAUUUAUGAGUGUGUGUGUGUCUGAGUGAAUGUUUUGAGUGAAUGCAUCCAUAGCCACAACAACAACAACAACCAACAAACAACAACAACAAAUGUCACUCAUGUCACGCAAGUUGUACAAAACAAAAAAAAGAAAGAAAAUAAAAAAAAGAAUAUAUAUAAUAUAAACUAUAGUUUGAAGAUUGAGUUGAAAUCGUUGCGUUUUUUUUUUUAAUUUUGUGUUCCAUUCCAUUGUACCACUGCAUGCAUUUUUUUUUAGGUUAGUUUUCUUGUACGUUCGUUCGAUUGUUUGUUUGUUCGUUCAUUAGUUUUGUUACUCGUUGUGAUAUCCACACCAAAUCCACCUCAAAAAUAACACCACCCCCCAACAAAAUCCCCGCCUCACAACACACACACAGACACACAGUGUUCAUCUGUUUUGCCACACUAACGAACCAUAAA